GAUAUAAAUACCAGGGGACCCUCUUGAUUUUCCGCGCGUUUCCUUCCGCCGCUUAUCAAUCAGUGCAUUUCCUGCCAUUCUUCCUGAGAAAUUGUUCCUGCAUUUUCAGUCAACCAUACAAUACGAUAUACCCAAAUAUGGCUCUUUCGUCGCUUUCUUCGACCGCUAAGUUGGUCACGGGAUAUGAAAUUCCCGUUGUUGGUUUUGGUGUCUACCAAACCCCCGCAGAUGUCACUGAGAAGACGACUCUGAAGGCGUUGGAAGUUGGAUACCGCCACGUCGACAGCGCCAAAUACUACCAAAACGAAGCCGAAUGCGCCAACGCCAUCCACAAGUCCGGUAUCGACCGCUCCAAGAUCUUCUACACCAGCAAGAUCCCUGUCCCCGCCCUUGGCACCUACGAAUCCGCCACGAAGGCCCUCGAAGAAAGUCUCGCAGCCGCCUCCAACCUGGGCUACAUCGACCUAAUGCUCAUCCACGCCCCCUACGGCGGCAAGGAAGGCCGCCUGGGCGCCUGGAAAGCCCUCGUCGAAGCUCAAAAUGCCGGGAAAGUGCGCUCCAUCGGUGUCUCGAACUACGGCAUCCGCCACCUCGAAGAACUCGAAAAUUACAUCAAGAACGGUGGCGGUGGCCAGAUUGCUGUUGGGCAGUAUGAGUUGCACCCGUGGUGUGGACGGAUUGAUAUCACUGAGUGGUUGAAGAGACGUGGUGCUGUUGUGCAGGCGUAUUCGCCUUUGGUGCAGGCUACGCGCAUGAAUGAUCCUACUUUGCUGGGGUUGGCGAAGAAGUAUAAUAAGACUGCUGCGCAAGUUUUGUUGCGGUGGAGCUUGCAGAAGGGUUUUGUGCCGCUGCCGAAGUCGGUUACUGAGUCGCGGAUUGUUGAGAAUGGGCAGGUGUUUGACUUUGAGUUGUCGAAGGAGGAUGUGGACAGUUUGACGACGGAUGUUCAUGCGCCUGUUUGCUGGGAUCCUGCUAACAACUCUAAGCUUUAAGCGCUUGGUUGAUGAAUGUGCCCUAGUAUAUAGUUAGAAGGUCAGCGAUAUCAAUACCAAAUUGUACAUUGUUGGCAUAAUCUCUUGCAGUAUGGUCUCAAUCGUUGGAAGGCACGCAGUUGAU